GUGCGCGUAAGUAGUGCGUGCACCAAGUCGUGGUGCCUGUCAAGACGACGGCGUUUCGACGCUUAUUCAACGUGCUGGAGAGAUCUACGUACGUCGGCAAGCCACGUUCACAAGCUGACCCUCUUGCGUCCCUCAGAGGCUGAGUCGUGCAUCGCCCCUCCAUGGGGCUUCCAGGACACAGCCAAAUUCGAUCAAUGACUCUCAAACGGAUGGAUUGCCCGGACCGAGCCCUCUCGCUGAUUUGCGGGAUGAGGAUCGGCGUGGUCGCUUUUGACGUCGUUGUGAACGAUCUACGCGGGUCCCAAGGGGUGCACCAUGGCAGGCGUGCAGUACGGGUGCCUCCCGCGCUGGUGGCGUCACUGAUACGGGUGCGAUUCACGAGGACCGAGGAUCCCAGCGCUCCACAAACGUGCAACUAUACCCAACAUCUCGGAGACUACCUGCCGCAGCGAGCAGUGCCUCUCGGUGCCUGUCUAGGCGAGAGCGUUCCGACUCGCGUCGUCCAAAGACGUUCCAAGGGCAAGAGGGAUCUGCGUAUGCGGGCAAGCGGCGUCAUUUCCGAAGUUGCUCCUUGCCGGGGCGAACCGUCCCUGUCGUCAAUGCGGUGCACCUUCCGGAACCAGUACCCGUAGACGAAUGAAGCUUUUCAAGGGCGACACGAGCAGGGCGACAUCUGCUCAGUCAUACCGGUGCGCCACCGGUUCAGUCUGUUACAAUGAAGCCAUGAUGGUCAGGUGAACGUGAGGACCUCGACUAGUGCUACUAUGUACCCGUAGGCUCCUUUUAG